AGGUCCAGUAUAUUUUAAGUAUCAAUUACGGUUUAGUAAAAUGAUUUUGCUGAAUAACAAGAUUGUUUCAUGACAUAAACAUAUAAUCAUGAUUGACAUAAAAUGGCUGAACCAUGUUUGGCGUGUAAUCCUGGAUUAGCAGACACACACCCUGUGUUAAUUCCCAGCUGUAGUACAGCACUAAAGCAACAACACGGACAGAGACUGACGGAGGUGGUGACAUGUUCCGCCGUGUGCUGGGCAAGACCCUGGGCUUCCUGGGCUACACUGUCCAAUACGGCUGCAUCGCCCACUGUGCCUUCGAGUACAUUGGCGAGUUUGUGGCGUGCUCUGGUCCGUCUAUGGAGCCCACCAUCACCAGCCACGACGUUGUCUUCUCGGAACGGUUGAGUCGCCAUUUGUGCAGAAUCGAGAAGGGGGACAUAGUCAUCGCAAAGAGUCCGUUCGAUCCACAUAUGAACAUUUGUAAACGAGUAAUCGGUUUGGAGGGAGAUAAGAUCUGCACCAGCGGGCCUUCAGAUGUCUUCAAGACCCACCAAUAUGUUCCGAAAGGGCACGUGUGGCUGGAAGGGGAUAACCUUAGGAAUUCCACGGACUCCAGGAGCUAUGGCCCAGUUCCCUAUGCCCUGAUCAGAGGGCGCGUCUGCCUAAAGCUCUGGCCUCCACAUAAUUUCGGUGCCCUCAACCAAAGCCCGACAGGACGAAUUGUUAAAAGGAGUGACUGACACUAAUUAACCAUGUACAUAAGUGAUUUGUAUACUUUCAAUUGAAUGCAUAUUAAAAAAGUUUUUUUCCCUUUACGCUA